AUGGCUCGCUUCUACCUCGUCUGGGUGCUCGCCCUCCUCUAUACCCUAGUCACAGCCAAAGCGCUCCCGAAUCUACGCAUUUUAACUCUCGGAGACUCCAUCACUAGGGGAAACGGCUCCGGUGGGAAUCCAAAUGGCUACCGAUCAAGGCUCCGAGGCUUGAUCGUCCAAGCAGGAGCGCAGGUCGAUAUGAUCGGAACACUGAAAACCGGCACUAUGGCCGACAACGACCACGAAGGACACAGCGGCAAGACCCUCAAGACCAUCACCACCAAGUGGCAGAAACCAAUUGUGGCCAAGCCAAACUUAAUCCUCAUCCACGCGGGCACAAACAACAUGGACUUGAACGAAGACCUAGACACGGCGCCCACUCUCUACGCGAAUAUGCUUGAUGGCAUGUUCAACGAAUACAAGGACGUUGUCAUCCUCGUCGUCCCUGUCAUUUACUCCAAGAAGGCACACCUUAACAAGAACCGCGAGGCUUUCAACGCCAAGCUCAAAACUAUUGUCAAGGAGAGACAAGAUAAGGGAAAGCAUAUCCACAUCACUGCCGUUGACAUCACCGACGCGGAUCUUUCCGACGAGAAGCACCCCAACAUUCAGGGAUACAACAAAUUUGCUGAUGCAUUCUUUGCGGGUGUCAACAGAGUCAAUGACAAGGGAUGGCUUGUAGCCCCCGCUAAGAUUGACUACGGCGCCUAUCCCGGUGUGGGACUUGGUCGAAGCUAG